AAACAAAGAGUGAAUCCCAAGAAGUGGCCUGGCUCACCGUCCCGUGUGAACGCUUACCACCACUUCACAUCCAACUCCAUCAUUAUCCCUGCUACAAUCCUUAAGUCGCCGGUUUUCUAUAGCAAAGGACCGGCGGCUAUCAACUAUGGGGCCAUUGGAUGGUUAAUUGGACACGAACUUACACAUGGAUUUGAUGUCCGGGGUGUUAAAUUCGAUUCAAACGGAAAUCUCAAGAAUUGGUUCACAGAAGAAGCGAAGGAAAAGUUUGACGAAAAAUCAAAUUGUUUUGUCAAACAAUACUCGAGUGAAUACGUACCGGAAGUUGAUAAGAAUGUAUGCCUAGAAAUAGUGGGG